AUGUUCAACCUUUCGAACCUUUCGUUGAACUUGAAACAUUCGAAGUUCAAAAGUUUCGAAGGUUUCGUUGAAGUGCCUAGAAUGAGAGGUGCAUUUGGUCAGAUUAUUCGUAACAUCAUAAGUGACAGACGUGAUGGUGUAGAGAGAAUUCCACCAACAACAUCAAACAGACGACGCAACGAAGCAAAUCGUCCAAUUAGGCAGUGUCGUCGAAGACAACAGGAGGUCCAGGACGAUGAUGUUGACUCCACCGAGCAUGCACAUAUGGAGGAGGAUGCCCCUCAGCCGCCACAGAUGGAGCAGACCGCUGAUGAUAUUCCUGAUACUUCUGCACAUCCUAAUGCUGAUGAGUCAGAUGAUGCUGAUGAGUCGGAUGAUGCUGCUGAUAUUGAUGAUCAGGAUCAGCAGACCGGAUUUCCCAGAGGACCGACGGUGACAUCUUUGUUGACACAGUAUGAGCAUCACGUGGCUCGGAGGUUAUGGGAAGGAGAGGAUCGUGGAUCAAUAAAGGUAAUUACUCACGGAUUGAAACUGAAGAAGUUUGCGGAAGUUCCUAUGCCAGCUCCUGUAGAGCAUUGGAUUCAGGAAUCUGGGCUGAUGCAUCUAUCUUCAGGCUACCUCACAAUGGCGGAUGCUGGUCUGAUAUCGGCAUUUGUUGAAAGAUGGCACAGAGAGACCAUCUUAUUUCAUCUGCCAUUUGGAGAGAUGACUAUCACCUUAGAUGAUGUCGCAACUCUCCUUCACAUCUCACCGCAUGGUGCAACAUGGGAGGAAGCAUGUGCUGAGAUUAGUUAUAAUAAAUGUGUCCAAUAUAGAUUGCAAUGGUUGUGUGAUUUGUAUAGCCGUCUCAUUCAAACUAACCAGUUUGAGUGUGCGGCUAGAACGUAUCUGUUGCAUUUAGUUGGCUGCACUAUUUUCGCCGAUAAAACACAUACGCGUGUUGAGGCGAAAUACAUUACUCUUUUUAUUGAUUUACAUCGCUGUCGAGACUACUCGUGGGCUUCUGCGGCAUUAGUUUUCCUUUAUGACAACUUGGGAGAUGGAGCUGUCCACGACACUCGACAACUGGGAGGUUACAUGAGCCUACUGCAGUGUUGGAUUUACGAGCACUUCCCUAGGAUCUGUAAGCGGGGUGAUAGAGGAGCGGUUCCUGCGCAUCUUCCAAGAGCAUGUAGGUGGACUGCAAAACAUGUUGUUGAAGGUGGAUUGAUGGCAUAUCGUCGGAGACUUGAUGGGUUGUUGCUCGAGGAUGUAGUGUUUACACCAUAUGAUGAUGAUCGAGCUAAUCAUCCGUUUGUAUCGAUUUCGACGUUUUCUGGAUAUCUUCGAUGUGGUGGAGUCUCAGUCCCAUAUUUGCCAGAGCGAUGUCUUCGACAAUUUGGUCGUAUUCAGUGCAUUCCGCAGGACGUUCCUCCGAUGCCGGACAGUAUAGAUUGGGUGUGGCAGAGUACUAUGAGAUCAUCUGUAGAGACCUUUCGGAGACUAUAUCAUGUUGCCACUUUUCCUGGAGAGGUCACUGCAGACUACUAUGCAUGGUACAUUAGUGUUUCACAUCCUUUGAUUCUCCCUCCAUCCACCGUUGUACCUUCGAGUCUAAAUACUACUGUUGCUGCCCAUGCUGGUCCAUCAUCGUCUGCACAUGCUGGUAGAGACUGUAGAGAUCUUAGAGAUCGUAGAGCAGCUGAGCUUGCACAUAGGGCCUUAGAUAUGGUAAGACCAUUUAGUGAGAUUCAUGAAAUAUUGAGUGAAUUAUGUCGCUUGUAUGACGAUUAG